AUGAUUUAUUUAAAACGAUCGCCAAAGUUUAUCAGCCUUUCCUCACAGGCACAACAUCAGUUUGUAAGAAUGAAUGAACGAUCGUUCAGUGCAUUGAAGAGAGUCAAGAACUAUCUUUGUAGUACCAUGUCAGGAGAUCGCUUGAAUGAUUGCAUGUUGCUUGCGGUAGAAAGGGACUUGACCGACCGAAUUGAUCUAAAGAAACUUGCAAUAAUAAAAGUGGUAUAUGUUAGAAGACAGGAGGCAAAAAAUUGGCCAUUAGUUUAUGGAAAUAAUUCCAUUAUGUGCAUAAUAUUAUUAACAUACAUAUUCCGUAAUAUUAUUAUUUAAUAUUAAAAUAUAUGAAUAUAAUAUUCCAUAUCAUCAAUAUCACAAGAAACAAAAUGCUCGCUAGUUGUUAGUAAACCUACAAAUAACAUGCAGUACAUUUCCGAUUUCUGCAUUGAAUGCUUGCAACACACAGUAUCUUUAAGAAAUAAUAUUUAUUAUAAUGGAACAUCUAUAUAUCUGGUAUAUAGACUAAAUGUAAAAUUAAUAGCUUCAAAGGUGAAGUAUUAAAUAUUGCAAUUUAGGACGCCAAUUAAAAUUAUUGUUACAUUUGAAUGCGAAAUGGACUCCAUACAUUAUGCAGAUUGGAUGAGGUGUGAUAUAAGAUCGAAAGAAAACUAUUUUCAGGUAAAAUUAAAGAUAAUCUUAAAAAUCAGGUAAUAUUGGCCUGCACCCCCGCCCCCGGCUGUUUUCACUCGCAACGGUCCUGCCUUCAAGCAGUCUUCUCUAAUAGGGCUUUGCAUGGUGGCGUAGUCGUCAUAGCAAGUGCCUUUCGCCUCUGAGUUCGUGGGACCGAUUCUCGCAACGGACUAAUGUGAAAUGAGUCAGUCAACGCUCUGCUGAAAGUCGUGGCUUUUCUCCGGGUGCUCAGGUUUCGUCCCACACGGAAAGUUGAUUAGGGUAAACACAGUUAAGAAAGUAAUAUCACAAUUGUUGUAAUGAUAAAAUAGUCUGGGCUAAGUAAGAUAACUAAAUAAGCGUAUAAUACUUGAUGUAAAGUGCAUUUGAUCAUAUCCACAUGUGAAUUAGCGCUGUAGAAAUGCUAAUCUUAAUCUAAAUAUUCUUGGCUUCCUUUGAGUAUACGAUAUACGACUGCCUACGUUUUCAUGCAGGCCAUGUCUUGAUUGUUAUCGACCUCGUUGUGUCAAGACUUGGAUCAUGUUUGAUCCAUGCAGCUGUGGCUGUGUGUAGCGGUGUGAAUGUUACGCGAUUAUAACAUUAUGUGAUCGUAACAAAAGUCUUAGCUGAAGUUAAUUGGACCUUACGUUUGUCCCAUUUUAUUGAUUCUAAACAAAAUAGUCUGCCUGCAUCAACCUAUACAAAAUAUUCUAAACAUGCGUAUGAAAUUGCAGCAAAUGUUGCAACGUCGCAUAACGUUAAGGUGUCAAUAGCAGAAGAAAUGAAACUGCAUGAGAAUAAGUCAACUUCAAUAUAAUGCCAAAUAUUUCUAUCAACAUCUCAAUUGAGGUAUAUAAUCCUGACAAAAUUCAGCCAACAAAAACACAAUACACCCUUCUUGGAUAUUUUAAUCCCAUGCAUGCACCCAUUGUCGUGUUAUUGCUCACAAGCAAACUUAAGAGAACGAGGCUUUUUGUGCAAGGGAACAAGCAAAGCAGGUUAAUAAACAAUUCUUAAUGUGCAGCACGCGUGAUAUACUUUAAUUUUCCCCGGAAUUGUAGUUCCAGCAGGGAACUUCUACCAUAGGCAGCUAAGAACUCGUCAAUUUAUAAAGUGACAGCUACUACAUGCAUGAUCAUAACAGACUAAUAGUCUUUUUGACAAUAUAUGCCCAUUUAAACGUGUAAGAGACCAGUAUAAAAAUGAAUUUUCAACUAAAAUAUGAAGUCCGAUAUUGCUUAAAUUCGCAUACAUAAUACAGUUAGAAGUUUGAAAGUUCAUUUCUGGUAACGAGAAGUACAGGAAGAGUUAAAGAAAAAUAUAAAAAUGACUUAAAAUGCAACGACAGACACGACUGUUAAAUUAUGCACAUUUUAUCAUAUGAAAUUUCAAUCUCUAACUAGUCCUCCGAACGAGUUUGUAGGCUAAUUAACCAGAUUGUCGCAAGUGUUUUCAAUGGCGUCGUAAUACUUGUGACUAUUUUAUUGAACAGUGUUGCAAUACGAACAAUUUCAAACUGUUCUCAACUUAAAAACAAAUUGUGUUAUUUUCUUGUUCUCGUUCAGUCGGUUGUAGACUUGCUUGUUGGAAUAAUUGGUCUGCCUUUACUCACCUUUGUGUUGGCAAGUAAUGCAAAAGGUAAAUAUUAUAAUAUCCCUGUUAUAUAUAAGAACGUUUUUGAUUGGUUGAAAUGCGUGUUGAAUUAAUAACUCGAUUGAACAUGGAAAAAAAAGGGAGAAAUUUUUGCCUUUUUUGCUCAAAUAUUUCCUCGAGAACUUUUAUAAAAUUUAUUUACUUCUGACACAUGACUCAUUCAUUUUAACCAAAUCAGCUAAGUUUAAAACUUGUAUACUCGUGAAUCAACUGUAUAACUGUGGCAUAGUCAAGUUGUUUUUUUUGAGAAGUUACGCUAGCCUUUAAGUGCCCUCCCAACUUCUCGCGUUCUCGAUCGAUUAAUUCAAAUAUGUAUAGGACGAUUGCAUCAUGUUCGUUUUGUUUUGAAGCAAUCUGUGUACGGCCGUUAUACUUGAGAACUGCUUUAAGCAGAUUGGUUAAUUCUAGAUCCCAUUGUUUAAUAUUCCACUGGAGAACAUUUUCUCCUUAUCGCAAAAGACCUGUUCGAGACAGCUAUAUAUAUAUAAGUUAAGCUUUACAAAGGUUUUAAUGAAUUUUAAGUUUGGAUUUUGUUAUUUUGAAGGUGAUGCGAAUUGCACGGUGAGUGUUCUGGCAAUAUUAGCAGCACAUCUGAUAACUGGAUAUUCGAUGAUUACUCUAUCUGCUCUGAAUUUCGAGAGAUAUUUUGGAAUCAUCCAUCCGUUGCUUCAUCGUACAAAACUAACGAAAAAAACCCUGCUUUCUUUUGUUAUCAUUGCAUGCGCUGUACAAACGGUAACGGUGCUAUUAUUUCUUAUAUAGAUAGAAAUAUAAAAAGAUUAAAAAUAGCCAUAUUUAUACUUCUUUUUCUGAUUACAACCGCGUAUGUUUAUAUCAGAAUCUUCUUGACUGCCAAGAAAAGGUCUCCUUUACAAAACAUACCAGAUGCAACCGCAGGUGAAAGUAAAGAAUCAACAAUGAAGACAAAGAAGGAUAAUCUUAGAGAAAUAAAAUUAGCAAAGUCAUGCUGUAUUAUUGUCUUUCUGUUCAUAUUCAGUUUUUUACCGCUAUCAAUUGUCAAUAUAUUUUUGGCAACGCCGUUAGGAGCGGUGAAGUUCAGAAUUAUGCAGGCAUGUUGUGUCACAAUCGUCAUGCUGAAUCCAACUCUCAACUCCGUCGUAUUCUUCUGGACCAGACCUUUACUCAGAAAAGCAAAGAAAAUCUUUCGAAAGAUUUGUUUUUAA